GCCGAAAGUUUAAAUAGAAACAUUCAAAGAGAAAAGAUUAUCGAGUUCUUAUCUACUUAAAAUCAAGAACAUGCAAACUUCGAUACGACUCCCUGUACAUAAAAGUACAUGACUAUGCGAUAUUUAAUAUUUGUUUAACUCCUACAUCUGUAUAUUAAAAUCAAACUAUGUCGAUCAAGAAAAAUAAGUGUAAUUUUGAUGAUUCUCAUCCACCGACUUAAAGAAAAGGGGCCAUUCUACAAUUUAAGAAAUAGUCUGAAUACUUUUGCUUUUAUUAAAAAAUCAAUUAAAUCUUUACAGCGUGACCUCCGCGUAGGGCUGGACCUUUCCUCAUCACACUAUAUAACCCCACUCUCGUCUCUCAUCACAAUACUCAUCUCAGCUCUUAAAAUCACCUUAAAAGCAAUUUAAUCUCAAAAACGAAGUUGAAUUUUCUGUUUAUCAUUCUCGUUAACUGUUCAGAGUAACUAUGGCGGAAGAGUACAAGAACGCUUCGGAGGAGUUCAAGAACGUCCCCGAACACGAGAAACCAAAGGUCACCACCACGGAGGAAUCACCAGCGACGACCGGAGAGGUUAAGGAUCGUGGCUUGUUCGAUUUCUUGAAGAAAAAGGAGGAAGUGAAACCUCAAGAGACGACGACAACGACGACGCCGCCGCCGCUCGAGUCGGAGUUUGAGCACAAGGCUCAGAUCUCGGAACCACCGGCGUUUGUUGCGGAGCAACAAUAUGAGCAAGCAAAGGAGCAUAAGACUACUCUCUUAGAGCAGCUUCACCAGAAGCAUGAGGAAGAAGAAGAGAACAAACCCAGUCUCCUCCACAAACUUCACCGAUCCAACAGCUCUUCUUCCUCUUCAAGCGAGGAAGAAGGUGAAGAUGGUGAGAAGAGGAAGAAGAAGAAGGAGAAGAAGAAGGUCGUCGAAGGAGAGGACAAAACAUCAGUCGUCACCACCCUCCCGGUGUCCGGGGAGCCACAGGAAGAUAACAAAGGAGUAAUGGAUAAGAUCAAGGAGAAGUUUCCACACGGAAAGAAAACAGAGGAUGAUGCACCGGUCGUCACCGCCCUCCCGGUGUCUUCAGAGCCAGAGGCGGAGAAGAAAGGAGUGGUGGAGAAGAUCAAGGAGAAGCUUCCAGGUCACAGCAAGAAACCAGAGGAUUCUCCAAUCGUCAACACGGAGGCUGCGGUACCAGUGGAGCAUCCGGAGGAGAAGAAAGGGCUUCUUGAAAAGAUCAAAGAGAAGCUUCCAGGUUAUCACGCCAAGAGCACUGAAGAGGAUGUGAUCAAGAAAGAAAAAGAGUCUGAUGCUUAAGAGAAUGAUGAAAGAAUAUAAUUAAUGAUGUUGAAGUGGGACAUUGGCUGUGUUUCUGUUAUGAUUUUAUGAUUUUAUCUUUUAAGCUGUUCUGCAAGAUUGUUGUGUCUUUCGUUGAUUUGCAUUUUGUACCUUUACAUUGUAAUUUCAUUGUCUCUUUUAUAAAGUUUGCAUAUGGUUUCUAAGUAAUGUCUCGACUUAAUUAUGUGUGUAGAUUUUUCAUUUCGUAUCUCCAUGAAACUCCUCGUAUACAUUUGGUUGUCACGUACCCUGUCCACAUGAA